CUCGAGCUGUAACAGCAUCUUUCCAAGUCUCUGCACUGCAGCUAAGUAAGCACACCCAUCCUCGUACGCUUCGUGCUCCUGACGGCGAUGGCGUCCGGGCAGGAGAGCCGGGAGGAGCUGGACCGCAUGGCCCGCGAGGGGGAGACCGUCCUCCCCGGCGGCACCGGCGGCAAGAGCCUCGAGGCCCAGGAGCACCUCGCAGAAGGACGCAGCCGCGGCAGGCAGACUCGGAAGGAGCAGCUCGGGGAGGAGGGGUACAAGGAGAUGGGCAGCCGCGGCGGGCAGACUCGCAAGGAGCAGCUCGGGGAGGAGGGGUACAAGGAGAUGGGCAGCCGCGGUGGGCAGACUCGGAAGGAGCAGCUCGGGGAGGAGGGGUACAAGGAGAUGGGCAGCCGCGGCGGGCAGACUCGCAAGGAGCAGCUCGGGCACGAGGGGUACAGCGAGAUGGGGAGGAAAGGCGGGCUGAGCACCACGGAGGAGUCCGGCGGGGAGCGCGCCGCCAGGGAGGGCGUCGAGAUCGACGAGUCCAAGUUCAAGACAAAGUCCUAGAUGCGUGCAGCGCGCACUGCACGUACGCUCGCCGUGUGUACGUAGGUGUAGGUCAAGACCGUACCGCAACCAGCUGGGUCCUAGCUUUUAGGUUCUUGUAGCAGCAUGCACUUGCUCCUUCCCUGGAAGGUAGGCAUGUGCACUGAAGAGUAAGAAUAACGUAGGCGUGGCAGCGCGCAUGUAUGUAGGUGAUCAUGCGUGCUUCGCUCUAGCUAGUAGUCAAAGCGUCCGUCUCGACGAUCGAUGUGAAUCUGUGCUCCGUCGAGGCAGCCCCGCUUCAGCUUCAGGCUUUGUCGUCUUGGUUCACUAGCCUGCUGGUUCCCGUGCUCGUCUCUCUGCAGCUCGCGAAUGGUUUCGUUAGUUGCUAGCUGAUGCGGUGGUGCCUCAGGGCUCAACAGUGUGUACAGUGUUUGUAUCCUCACUUGUUCAGCAAUGUGGUUGGUGGUGGUUGAUCGGACGCGCUGUGAGAGUCUCUGGAUUCCCAGGCACGCAGCAAAU